CCAAAACCAAAAGUAAACGAUAAGUACACUUCCAACUUGAUCCAAAAUCAGGCCAGCACGAAACUCGAGAGAAAGACAUCUGUAAACGGUUGCUCUGUCCGUUUCCUAUAUAUCGGAAAGAGAAGAAAAAUGGGUUCUAUGUUCAGUGGAAACCGAUUGAACAAGGAAGAGAUGGAGGUGGUGAUGAACAAAGCCAAAGAUAUCGUCUCCCAGUACCCUGUCGUUGUCUUCAGUAAGACUUACUGUGGUUAUUGCCAGAGGGUGAAACAGCUGUUGACACAGCUAGGUGCAAGUUUUAAAGUGCUUGAGCUCGAUGAGAUGAGUGAUGGAGGUGAGAUACAAUCAGCUUUAUCUGAGUGGACAGGGCAGAGCACUGUUCCUAAUGUUUUCAUCAAAGGCAAACAUAUCGGUGGAUGCGAUAGAGUGAUGGAGAGUAACAAGCAAGGGAAGCUUGUGCCUUUACUUACUGAAGCUGGUGCUAUCGCUAAUAACUCUUCCCAGCUUUGAUGAAACUCUGGAUCUGGUGUCUUAUAGAGAGACAAAGGAAGCGAAGAAGAAGAGUGUUGUGUUUUAUAUUGUCAAGUAUAACCAAAUAAAGAAAGGAUCCUUUGUUGUUUGCUUUAAACAAAAGACAUCAAAAACUGUGUUGUUUAUGCUGUGGUUUGGUUAAUGAAAGACUAAUUUGAGUAAA